CUCCACUACAGACUUUUAUACUUAAAAUGAUUAGCCAUUGAUAAAUUAAAAUAGCUGUGGUUAACUGUAGGAGCCACUUAAUAUCUGUCUAUAAAUUGCUGGUGAAGGUGCUGGGUGUUUAAACAUUCAAGCUGCCAUGCCAAGUUGAAUAAUCUCCACAGCUCACUUUAGGCUAUAGGGUAUGGAUUCAAGCACUUGUCGCCCCACGUUCAAGUCAAGUAAGCUGAAGAACAUAGAUGAAAAUGGCCCUGAAAGUUGGCUCUCAGCCAUAUGUUGUGCCCCUCCUGAAACUCCUACAGAGCCCAUGGAGUUCCUCUCCAGAUCAUGGAGCCUUUCUGCCAUGGAGCUCUCUAAAGCUCUUGCAAACACUCCUCUUCAAUCUUAUGUGAUGGGCGCGGCAGCUCCUUUGCGUUCCCUUCAUGCAGAGGUGCACAACCACAACACAAUAGCACUGUCCUCGGCUGAUCACCAAGUACUGAGGGAUUCUGUCAUUGAACAACCACUUCCUCAGCCAUCUGAGGGUAGCCCUCCAGCUUCUUCAAGAGAAAGCAAUGAUGCAAAGGAACUGUUUCUACUUCAUCAAGCAAUCGAUUCAGAUUGCCUAUCCAAUCAACAAUUGCUCAAAAAUGGGCUCUGUAAGAAUGUGGUGAGAGGGAAGACGACGGGGAGGUGGUUGAAAGAUCAGAAAGAGAAGAAGAACCUGCUGCGAGCCCACAAUGCCCAGCUCCACGCAGCCGUGUCUGUGGCCGGGGUUGCUGCUGCUAUUGCAGCCAUUGCAGCCUCAAGAGUCAUGUCAUCAUCAGAUAACACCGCACCCUUUUCUAAUUUACAGAGCUCACCAUCCAAGACAUCUGCUGCCGUAGCCUCAGCAGCAGCAUUGGUGGCAUCUCACUGCGUUGAGAUUGCUGAGGAAAUGGGAGCUGAUCAUGAUCAGAUACUAGCGGUUGUCGACUCUGCCAUUAGUGUCAGGACCGCCGGCGAUAUCAUGACUUUAACAGCUGGAGCAGCAACUGCCUUAAGGGGAGCUGCCACUCUCAGGGCAAGACAGCAUAAAGGUCUCUGGGCCUCACCCCUUGCUCCUGGUGACAAACAAGUUGUUGACGGCAAAGAAACAGACAUCUCACCAGCACUGCACUUUGUUUCAGAAGGCGGAGAGCUUCUCAAGCGUACUCGGAAAGGAGCUCUUCACUGGAAGCAGGUCUCUUUCUAUGUGAACUCAAGCUGGCAGGUGGUAGCCAAAAUGAAAAGCAAACACAUAGCUGGUGCAUUCACAAAAAAGAAAAAGUGUGUGGUUUCUGAUGUAUACUGUGAUACCCCGGCAUGGCCCCAGAGAGAAACAGAGGAUGGUGGCAGGCAGAGGGCAUACUUUGGGAUCCAGGCAGAUGACAGGGUAAUAGAGUUUGAGUGCAGAAGCAAAGGCGAUAAACAGAUGUGGACAGAUGGAAUCCGUCUAAUGCUGCAUUGCCGCACCAACAUGACAUGAUAUAGCAG